CAGAAAGUUAGGUUAUGUUAUGUCUAUGCAGGUUAACCUCAAACCUGGACCAUAGAAUGAUCCCUUAUUAAAAUAUCCGAAAAUCCAGCUCAAACCAAAUAAAGACGCGUCUACUUAUUUAUUUUACACUCCAUUAAGCCCCUCAUAAUGGAAAUACACAUAAAACCCUAUAAAAUAUGAGGUAAGCAAGCCAAGAAUUGAAUACAAAAAUUACAUAAUUCCCAAGCACCAAAACCAAUAAAAAUGAGAACGCUUUUGCUAAAAAACCGCUUGAAAUUCACCCCCCUUGGGUCCGCGAGGUUCUUCUGCUCUUCUCGAGGCCCAAUCAAACGACUGCAAGAACAAAUCGCUCAAAAACAACUGCGAGAAGACAAAGUGCAACUGAAAGUGACCGAACAGCUGCAACGGGUCUACGAGGACCUAAACAACUAUCGACCACUAAAACUUAACAUUCUCAACAAGCUAUUUUCGCAUAAACCGAGAGCCCCUCGGGGUUUAUACAUAUGGGGCUCAGUGGGCGGAGGUAAGACGAUGCUCAUGGACCUAUUUUUUAAUGAGUGCCAAGUCGAGCGUAAAAAACGCGUGCAUUUCAAUGAAUUUAUGAUCGGGGUGCACCGGAAGAUGCACGAGCUAAAACGCGAGGAGCAAAAAGGGAAACCUUUCGACCCGAUUCCCCCUGUUGCCAAGUCGAUUCUGGAGGAGUCCUGGCUGUUGUGCUUCGAUGAGUUCCAAGUCACUGACAUUGCUGAUGCAAUGAUCUUAAAAAGGUUGUUCACCGAACUGUUUGAUAACGGGUUAGUCAUGAUUGCUACCAGCAACAGAGCCCCCGAGGACCUGUACAAAAAUGGGUUGCAACGGUCCAAUUUUGUGCCCUUCAUCGGGGUUUUACAGAGGCAUUGCCAGGUUGCCAACUUGGAUUCGGGGAUAGACUAUAGGCAGAAACUAGUGAAAGAUAAAACGAAUUAUUUUGUAAUUAAUGAUAGUAAACGUAAGCUGGACCCUAUCGAGCCCAUUUUCAAGUUUCUUUGUUCCAAAGAGAAUGACAUAGUUAAAGGGAAGUCUUUCGUGAUAUUGGGGAGGGAGGUGAGUUUCCGGAAGGUCUGCGGCGGGAUCCUAGAGAGCUCUUUCGAGGAGUUGUGCGACAGGCCUUUGGGGGCCAACGAUUACCUUCACUUAACCCAAUUCUUUCACACCAUAAUAAUAAGAGAUGUACCGCGAAUCGACUUGAUUAAAAUGAGGUCUCAGGCCCGAAGGUUCAUCACCCUUAUCGAUGCGUUGUACGAUCAAAAAACCAAAGUUAUCAUAUCGGCGAGCGCCGAUAUUAAGGACCUGUUCAGUGCCCGGAAGUCUGAAGACGAUUCGAUCAGUGACGAAACCCGGAUGCUCAUGGACGAUCUGAAGAUCGGCCCUAAAGACUUGUCGGCCAACCUCUUUUCUGGGGACGAGGAGAUUUUCGCUUAUCAAAGGACCCUGUCGCGUCUCAGUGAGAUGCAGAGCGAAGACUAUUGGGGGGACAAGGGUAAACGUUAAUGUGGCUAAUCUACAGUGGGUUGUGGUGUUUUUUAGGAUUUUUCAAAGGCAUUCGAUAUGGUAGAGCAAAAACUCACUUAGUCUGAAACAGUACUUAAUUUAUUUAUAUGUAUAUGUUGAUUAUUGUUUAAGUGUUUAAUGAGGUGCAAUAUAUAUGAUAUAUUAUUUUGUUAUAA